UCCAUUUUUUUAUUAUAUAGUGUCGUGUAGCCUUAAGGGAGAUAAUUUGAAAUGGCUACUCCAGCAGCCAGGUUUACACCGACACCACCAGAUAAAGGCAGUUUUCCAAUAGAUCACGAGGGAAAAUGUAAGGUCCCUAUGAGGAGGUACAUGGACUGCCUGAGAAGAAAGGAGUACGAUAACAAUUUAUGCCGGGAAUUAUCAAAAGAAUACUUACAAUGUCGGAUGGAUAAUAACUUGAUGCAGCAGGAGCCAUGGCAGAAACUCGGUUUUAAAGAUUUACUGACUACAGAGACUGGAGACUCGCGAUAGAGAUUUACUGACUACAGAGACCGGGGACUCCUGAUAGUGAAGGUUGUGUAACAGGAAUGAUCUGUAAAUCUCUCUGUUGUUUGAUUUGAAGAAGGAAUAUGUUUGGAUUGUAUUCGUUUUUUGGCCAAUAUACAAUGCAUAGAAAUUGAAAAAUGAGGCUAUAAGCUCUAAAUGGUUCAAGACCUUCUCAUUGGUGUGACAUUUAUUCGAUCAAUAUCUGCUCAGGUACUACUUUAAAGUUCCCUCUGUACUCUUUUAAGUAUACUGCAAUGUACCUCCGGUACUAAAAAUAUGCUUAAAGGCCCCCAGCCACAGUCUGGGGUCUUUUUAGUACCGGUAUAUUUUUUGUACUGCCGGUACUUUGUAAUAUACUUAAGAGUACCAUGGGGAACUUUUCAGUCGUACCUGAGCAGACAAUGACCAAGUAAGAGAUAAGAUAUGUUUUGACUGAUUAACAAAAUGCCUAAAAAAGUUUGAUUUCAACAUUAUAUGACAAAUGCUUUUGAAAUCUUUUUUUUUCUAUCUUUGCCUUUAAUUCUUUGUGACUUGUUUUUGCAUUGUUUUCUAGAGUUCAAAAAUAUGAGCCGGUCUCCUGGAAAACUGGGCUACAUGCAUGUGCAUUCACCCUUUCCCUCUCAUAAGCAAAGUGAAAAUCGCUAUGUGCAAACAGCAUAAAACCAGAACAUCCUGCGAGUAUUUGGCAGUCUGUUCAUGUUACUUGCUUUUUGUUAUUCAUUAGUAUCUAAGGUUUGGACUUGAAGCCUUUAAAACUUGAAUCUAAUAAGAAAGGUCUUUAAUUAAAUUUUUAACUUUUUAAGGGACUACAAAUGCUUAAAAAUACGUACCUAUGUGGUAAAGGGUUUACUAGUGUUCUAGAUGAGCAAGUCGUAUCAUCAUGAUCUUGAAAGCAAAAUAUUUGCGGCAUUAUUUUUAUCAGUUUGACUCCUUGUGGGGUGAAUAUACGUUGUUAUUGCACAAGAAAAGAUACCACAUUUAUGAUUUAAUAUAAUGAAAAUGCUUUACUGUUGUUUCCUACUUCAAACACUGUAUUUUGUGAAGUUGGAUGAAUACAAAAAAUGUUAGAUGAAAUAAUUGCGAUUUUCGCUUGGGAAAAAAAAAUCUGUGCUUUUCUUGUUACUUAUGUAUAUGUGUUAUGUAUAUAUAUUUAGUGUCUGUGUAAUGCAUGCAUUUUUGCUUAAUUUGUAUAUAAAAUGUGAUUGUAUUUU